AUGGAGUCGCUGGAGGAGACACAGUGGGACGUGACGAUUUCUGGCACUGGGAUUGCCCAGUCGCUUCUGGCUUUAGCUCUUUCUCGGUCAGGUAAAAAGGUCAUCCAUGUUGAUAAGAACCCUUAUUAUGGCGGCCCGGAAGCCGCUCUGAGUCUGCAGGAAGCUGAAGAGUGGGCUUCCGAGUUAGAGUCCGUUCAACUUCCAUUUGAGGACGCUACAGUGUUUACCGCGGACCCUUCAGAGUCUAGCACCGGACUGUCAUCUUCAAGGGCUUAUACACUAUCCCUGUCACCACAACUUAUCUACUCUAGGUCUCAGCUUCUGCCGACGUUGGUGUCUUCCAAAGUCUAUCGACAACUUGAAUUUCAAGCCGUCGGAAGCUGGUGGAUCUACAAACCAGCGUCUGGCCAGAACAAGGAUCUUUACAGAGUUCCUAGCAGUCGCGAGGAUGUAUUCGCUGAUGACUUCAUCAGCAUGAAGUCGAAGAGGACCCUCAUGAGAUUCCUGCGCUCACUGAACCAAGAAUCUCCCGACGACACGGGCUCAGCCCUCGAGGAGGAAGUCUUGGCCAAGCCACUUCCAGAGUACCUCACAUCCAAGUUUCAAGUUCCCGCUGAACUCUUUGAUCCUUUGCUGUCGCUUUCUUUAUCUCAAGCUCCAGCCCAGAGCACCAUCGCCCGAUAUGCUGUUCCUCGCAUCCAGAGACAUCUAGCCUCUAUUGGGAUCUUUGGUCCAGGCUUCGGAAGUGUCCUAGUGAAAUGGGGCGGCGGCUCCGAAAUCGCACAGGUCGGAUGUCGUGCCCUUGCCGUUGGUGGUGGCGUAUACGUCCUGAAUUCUGGCAUUGAGACUAUGAGUCAAGGCGCUGCUGGUGGUUCACGCAUACAGUUGCGCCUACUCAGCGGUGAAACCAUUAGCACUCAAUAUGUGGUCGGUUCCGACUGGGAUCUUCCUUCACAUACUAAAACCUCGUGUGACUAUGCUAAAGUCUCACGGUCGAUCACCAUUGUGUCAUCGGCCUUGGACGGCUUAUUUCCCGUCACGGCAGAGGGCGGCCCGGUCCCUGCUGGUGCCGUUGUAGUAUUCCCAGCAGCUUCACUCGGCCUGACUGACGAAUCGCCGCCGGUUUAUAUUUCCGUGCACUCUAGCGAGACUGCCGAGUGUCCGACAGGUCAAAGUGUCAUAUACGGUAGUGUCAGCAUUUCUGGCCAACAAGGGCAAACCUUGAUUGAGCGUGCUGUAGAUAAGCUACUCCAGUCCAGCGCGGGGUCAGAUGCCAGAGUUUUAUGGUCUCUCCGUUACACACAGCUUGGACGUCUCGUUGGAGAUGAAACACGCCCCGCCAAUGUGGUCUCGGGCAAUGUCAUUCGGUUCCCUGCGCCCAGCCUAGACCUGGCUUUCGAUGAUACCACCAUUGACUUGGUGAAGGAUGCUUGGACCGUCGUAAUGGGAGAUGAAGCUUCUCCGGACGACUUUAUGAAGUUCGAGGACCGUGAGAACUAUGACGACGACGAAUGA